AUGGAGAGAGAUAACAGUAGGGUGGACUCAACCACUACGUUUGGGUCACACAUUAUCUGUUUACGGUGGUGGGAAAAUUUUGAUGUUUGGGGUCUUGCCAAAAGUGGUCCUCUGCAGUUUAGAUCAAGUGACGUUUUCACCAUGGAUGUGAGCAUGGAUGAACAAUGUUGGAGAUGUGUAACGAGUAGUGGGAUGCCUGGAGCCGAAAAUCCAGGUGGCAUAGCUCCCCCUGCUCGACUUGAUCAUGUGGUGGUGAGCCUCCCUGGUGGUAGAAUCCUUGUCAUUGGUGGAUUUGUGGCUAGUCUUCACUCUGCAUCCCAACUUUAUACACUUGAUCCUACUAAAUGA